AUGUUUCUAACUUGCAACGGCUUGGCAUUCUGCAACAACAUCAUCGAAAUACUGAUAUUUGUGGAUAAAAUUGAUAGUAGGGAAAGUGAGAGCGCAUUCGAGAGCAGCGUCGAGAUUGCGAACAUUCUUGUGUCGCUGAAUUCGUCGACAUCAAUUCUCGUCUACCUCAUUUUCAGUUCCAAAUAUCGCACUAUCAUCAAGGAAUAUCUCGGCCUUAAAAAAGCCCAAAAAGGUUAUGGAAUUGCACUGACUGCAGCAAUUGCAGCUCGACAAACGUUCGAAUUUCCAUUCAUCACACAGAAUAGCAAGAAAACGCGUAAAGGACGACUAUCGAAUUCAGCGGCAGCCCGAGUCUCUGCAGCACUGCAUCUUCCGCCUUCAGUUCGAAGCAAUUUACACAAAACGCUUUCUGCUCGGUGA